GCUUUGACCAACAGAGAGCGACAAACCCAGCGGGCCCGACUUCCGUUUGGACGGUGAGAGGCAUCAUGGGAUAUGUAGUGUGCUCGUAGGCCCUAUAAAUGAUUAUGGACUUCCUUUAACUUCCUCUUUACUGCGCGAGCCUGAGCGAGACAGGCACUUAUAAGCCAUCAUGCCCGUUGCCAGAAGCUGGGUUUGUCGUAAGACAUAUGUCACCCCCCGCCGCCCCUUCGAGAAGUCCCGUCUCGACCAGGAGUUGAAACUCAUUGGCGAGUAUGGGCUGAGGAACAAGCGUGAGGUGUGGAGGGUCAAGUUCACCCUUGCCAAGAUCCGCAAGGCUGCCAGAGAGCUGCUCACUCUGGAUGAGAAGGACCCAAAGCGUCUGUUUGAAGGUAACGCUUUGCUCAGGCGUCUGGUGAGAAUCGGUGUGCUCGAUGAGGGUAAGAUGAAGCUCGAUUAUAUCCUGGGCCUGAAGGUCGAGGAUUUCUUGGAGAGGAGGCUUCAGACACAGGUCUUCAAGCUUGGACUUGCCAAGAGCAUCCACCACGCUCGUGUCCUUAUCCGCCAGAGGCACAUUCGUGUGCGCAAGCAGGUGGUGAACAUCCCCUCUUUUGUGGUUCGCCUGGACAGCCAGAAGCACAUCGACUUCUCCCUGAGGUCUCCGUACGGCGGUGGACGCCCAGGCCGCGUCAAGAGAAAGAACGCCAAGAAGGGCCAGGGUGGAGCUGGAGGAGCUGACGAUGAGGAGGAGGAUUAAGAAGGAUGUUGUACAGGAGUGUUUCUUGAUACUUCCUGUUGUGACAAUUCUCAAUAAAAUGUUUGGUUUAUCCAAAAAAAG